CAAGUGAUCUACUACCUUUACACUCGCUAUUGAGAUUGGACUUUUUUGGACAUAUGUAACUGCUUUUGUGAUUGAAUCAAGAUAUAAAUGAAGUUAUCUUAUAAUCUUUGCCACAUAUUCGAUAUACUUUGUAUAAAGUUGUCAGUUAAUGUAAACCAAUACGAUUAAAACAAAGAACUAAAUACUUAAAUAUAUUUUUAAAUAAGUGUUAUUAAUAACUGUUAUAUGUAAAUAGAAACAAUCAAAGAAGAAAUCGAGACGUCGCUAUGUGUUUCUCAAAGUGCUUUAUAUUCUACGCUUUAAGCUUGACUUUGAUUGGGACUCUUGUGUCAGGAGCCACUUAUGAGAACACUAUGGAUAUCUUCAGGGACAAACUGGGCAGUGACCACUACCACACAGAGGUCAGGCCUAUCAAGAACCAGGACAAUGUAUUGAAAGUUCUUGUAGGGUUUCAGAUAGUGGCCAUAGUCAAAGUGGACGAGAUAGCGCAAAGUUUCAUUUCUAACGGCUUUGUCUUCUUUACCUGGAUUGACGAGAUGGUUGCUUGGAACCCUGGUAACUACGGUGGUCAGUUCCUGAUCCAUCCACUACCAGAAGAUAUCUGGAGACCAAGAGUUGUGCUACGCAAUACACUUGGAGACAGAGACUUGUUUGAUGACGAUAAAGCGCCUGUCUUUGUGUUCGCCAGCGGUUUAGUCAACUGGGCCCCGGGAAGUCUCUUCCCAGCUUCCUGCGAGCUCAACAUGGUCGACUACCCAUUUGAUGAACAGACCUGUGCCAUACAACUGGUAGCCAUGUCACUUUCAUCAGACGAGAUGCAGUUCUACACAGAUCCUGACGCCAAAGUCGGAACCAGCUAUUUCAAUUCCAACGGAGAGUGGGAGCUUAUUGAUUCCACUAUGAAAGUUUCUAAUAUUUCUGCAGGGGCCGCCAAUCUUUCUGCCGUAGACUUUGUCCUGGUCCUACGACGCCGUCCUUACUUCCUCAUGUUGAACAUCGUGCUGCCUGUUGUGUUUCUGUCUUUUUUAAACAUCCUGGUCUUUACCAUACCAGUAGAGUCGGGGGAGAAAAUUGGUUACGGCAUCACUGUUCUGCUGGCCCUGUCUGUAUUCAUGAGUAUUAUCAGUGGAAUGCUGCCUAGGUCAUCAACACUCCCCAGAGUGACCAUUUACCUCUUUAUAUUAUUGGCUAUCUCGGUGCUGACAGUAGUGGACAGCAUCAUCAUUGUUUAUAUCUACCACAAAGAAGAGAAAGAAGAAAAACAUAUCAAAGCCAAGAAAGGAUUUCAAUCUGCUUUCACAAAGAUAAAACAUAUGCAUCGAGCAGUAGCUCCAGAAAAUACGACCAAGAAAACCCCAGCUUUGUUAGACACUAUUGCAAAGAACCCAGAAAAAAUAUUUAAAACCCAAGCCAGCGUUGUCUCUACAGUUUCUACCGAGUCUUCCCCUCCAACGUAUGAACCGGCUCAAGAGUUCAAUCAAAAGGGAGAUAACGUGAACAGGAACAAGUACAAACUAAUCGGAAAAUAUAUUGACUUGGUUUCUUUUGUUAUAUUCUUUGUUGUUUGGUUAGCGGUUACACUUGCCUUUAUGAUAGACAUUGCUGUUUAAUAAAAAAUACCCAGAGUUGUUUGAAAUCAGUUCGCAGUAUCAUGUGUCCAGCACAACGACCAACCGCUUUUACUUUCCCCCAACUUAAGUCAGGUGCCCAUUACAGAUGGGUGGACUCAGAAGCGACCUAAAGAUCCCGAAAUUAAAAAUCCCAGCCUUCAACAGGAUUCUAACCCAGGACUUCCAAGGUUUGGAAGCCAAGCGCUUUAACACUCAGCUACCGGGCCGAGUUUUCCAAUAUAACUUAUAUCUGUCAUGAAGGGUUUAAUGGCUGCUUCUGCAAGCAAAUAAAAGAAUACCAUUUUUAAAUUAGUUGCUUAUUUUCCUUUUUUUUUGUGUGUGUCACCUCCUCAUGAUGGGUGUCACCCCCGUGCGAUUCUUUAGUAUCGCAUCUGUUUUCUGGCGGUCUGUUAGAUUCGAAUAAUUCGUUUUACUUUUAUGACUUCAUAAUACUAAAUGCUUCAAGUUCAGGGAAACACCAAGUCCUAAAGCGAGAAAGAAAUCUUUCCAAGUUGAGAAUCGUUGCUUAAAGUCACCCAUUGCCGGCUUAGGCAUAGGCAAAAUAGGCAGCCGCCUAGGGCCUCAGUCUAGUAUUAAUAUUUUUAGAGAAGAAAUAACGAAACUUGUCUUCAAUGUUAUUGUUGGCGUACACUAGGUUUUUUAAUAAAAUGUGUAAUUUUAUUUAUUUUUAUUUUUUUGCUGUUCAUUUUUUUUUUCUAUUUCUUUGGGGCCACCAAAUUCAGCCCGCCUAGGGCGAAUUAAUGUUAAUGAAUUAUUUUGCUUGAUUACAAAAGAGAAAAUGAAUGCUUCAGUAUUAAGAGAUAUGACUAAAUAUCUGGGGUUCUCUCCUCUUAGUUAAUUGUACACGUUAUUUCUCUCACACCCAUUAUCGGAUCAAGUUGAAAUUUUACAUAAUUUGUAUUGUACCUAACA